AGAUAAUCAUGAUCCUGUUUUUCUCUCUUUCUUUCUCUAAAUAUGCAUCGUACCUUGAGUAAACUAAGCCAUUCUACGCCUUUUAUCUUGAGGCGCACUUAUGCUGCUUCAAGUACCUUGAUUAAACCUGUUACUAAAUUGACACACCCUGAUGCAGAUGUGCCUGCUGGUACACUCAAAAAAGUGCAAGAAUACAGUAAAUACACUGUCAAUACUUACGCUAGACCUGAUCUUGUAAUGUCGCAUGGUAAAGGAUGUCAGCUCUUUGAUACAAAUGGCCGCUCUUACUUGGAUUUCACUGCUGGUAUUGCCGUCAAUGCACUUGGCCAUUCUGAUCCCGAAGUAGCUCAAGUCUUAUUUGAUCAAGCCAACAAAUUAGUGCACACUAGUAACUUGUAUCAUCAUGAAAAUGCUGGUGAAUUAGCCAAGGCACUUGUAGAAACCACUCGUCAACAUGGCGGUACUUGGGCCAGUAAGCUCUUUUUGGCUAAUUCUGGUACAGAAGCCAAUGAAGGUGCACUAAAAUUUGCUCGUAAAUGGGGCAAGCAUGUGAGUGGGUCAGAAAAGCACGAAAUUGUGUCCUUCUCAAAUGCUUUCCAUGGUCGAUCUAUGGGCGCAUUAUCUGUCACUUAUAACCCCAAAUAUCAAAAGCCUUUUGCUCCUCUUAUUCCCGGUAUCAAGACAACACCCUUCAAUGAUAUCCAUGCUGCUCUUGAAGCCAUCACUGAAAAGACCUGUGGUGUUAUUAUUGAGCCUAUCCAAGGUGAAGGUGGUGUACACCCUGCUAAUGCAGAAUUCUUGCAGGCCUUGCGUCAAAGAUGUAAUGAAACUAACUCUUUGUUGAUCUUUGAUGAAAUUCAAUGUGGCCUUGGCCGUACUGGUAAAAUGUGGGGUCACCAACACUUUGACAAGGACUGUGUGCCUGAUGUUUUGACAAUGGCUAAACCCUUGGCUAACGGUGUCCCUAUUGGUGCUAUCCUUACCUCUGAAAAAAUAGGCGAAUUGAUCAAAUUAGGUGAUCACGGUACUACUUUCGGUGGUAACCCUCUUGCUUCUGCUGUUGCCUUAAAUGUAGUGGGUCGUAUUACUUCUCCUGAAUUCCUUGCCAAGGUGAAUGAAAAGGGUGAAUUCUUGAAGAGCUUGUUGAGUCAAGUUCAACAAGAGCACCCCGAUUUGAUCAAAGAAGUACGUGGUAAGGGUCUUUUGAUUGGUGUUGAAUUCACCAAGGACCCUUCUCCUAUUGUUAAAAUGGCUCGUGAACGCGGUUUGUUAUUGACAACUGCUGGUUGUAAUACAGUGCGUGUCAUUCCUCCUUUGAUCAUUUCUGAAGAAGAAGCAGUUGAAGGUGUUUCUCGAUUUGCUGGUGCUGUUCAGCAAAUGGCUUCUUCUGCUUAAAGGAAGAAAAUAUGUAAUAAAAUAUACUUAGAAAUAGAAACCAAUCAAACAAAAAAGUUUUGUCACACAAAUAAUGAUCUGCUUGCAUAAAGUGUAAGUCAUACGUCAGCAGUGUGUACCUUUUUAGUUC